AUGGGCAAGCCGCCGGCCGCGCCCUCGAGCCUCGGCCACAACCUGCGAGACUCGAGCGGCCGCACGGCACUGCAUGCCGCCGCCGCGGCAGGUCGCACGGGAGCCGUCGUGGCGCUCCUCUCGCAGGGAGCGUGCGUGAACCUCCCACGCGACAACGGCUCCACCCCGUUGCACGCCGCUGCUGCGCACGGCCACGCCGAGGUCGUCAGCGAGCUGAUCGCCGCGCGAGCAAACGUCGACGCAAAACGGGCCGACAACAAGAAGACGGCGCUGCACGCGGCUGCCGCGCACGGCUCGGCCGAGGUUGUGCGGUCACUGCUUGCUGCGAAGGCGGAGCCGGCGGCCCGUCGCGAGAACGGCAAGACCCCGCUGCACGCCGCCUGCAGCGGGGGCCACGCCGAGGCGGUCGAGUCGCUGCUCGAGGGCCGGGCGGACCCGAGCGCGGCCGAGUCGCACGGCAUCACUCCUCUGCACGUGGCGGCGGCCCAGGGCCACGUGCGGUGCGUCUCGAGCCUCCUCGCCGCGGGCGCAGUCCCCAACCCGGUCCGGGACAACGGCCGAACCGCCCUCCACGCCGCCGCCGCCGGCGGCCACGCUGGCGUCGUCGCGCUCCUGCUCGAGGCUGGUGCGGAGGUGGACCAGGCGGGGCAGGGGCGUGCGACCGCACUGCACGUUGCGGCGCGGGAGGGGCACGCCUCCGUUGUCGGCAUGCUGCUCGGCGCCGGCGCUGCCAUCAACGAGUCGCGCGCCGACGGCAACACGGCGCUCCACGCGGCGGCCUGGCGGGGCCACGCGCCCGUCGUGGCGGCGCUGCUCGAGUCGCGCGCCCAGAUCGACGCGUGUGCGGAGCGGGUGGGCGGUGCUCCGAUGCCGCUCCACUUUGCCGCGCGCCAGGGGCACGUCGACGUGGCGGACUCCGGCGAGGAGCACGGAAUGACGGCGCUGCACGGCGCCGCCGCGCACGGCCACGCCGAGGCACUCGGCUGCCCUCUACAGAGCCCGCCCCUCCCCCGCCCCCAGCCACCUCGGCCCGUGGUGGUGGCCGCCCUCCUCGCCAGCAACGCCACCCCCACUCGCUCGCGCGACAACGGCGCCACGCCCCUCCAUGCGGCGGCUGCCUUCGGCCACACCGCCGUCCUGCAGCAGCUGCUCGCCGCGCGCGCCGAGGUGGACUCGGCGACCAAGGUUGGCUCCACUUCGCUCCACGCCGCCGCCGCGCACGGCCACGCGGAGACCGUCGCGGCCCUCCUCGCCGCGGGCGCUGUGGUGGACAGCGGCGCCCGGUCGGGCGUGACGCCGCUGCACGAGGCGGCGGACCACGGCCACGCCGCAGUGCUCACCAGGCUGGUCGAGGCGAAGGCGGACGUCGAUCGCGUGGCCAGCCGCGGCCUCUCCCCUCUCCACAUGGCGGUGCUGCUCGAGGCCGGCGCGAGCGCCAACAAGCGCGGCGUGGAGAGCGAGCCCACACCACUCCACGCAGCAUCGUACACCGGAUCCGUCCACCUCGCGCACCUGCUCUGCGCGUACGGCGCCGACCGCACCCUCCCCUUCCUCGCGCCUGCGUACGGCGGGCAGCCCAUCACGCCGGCGCAGGUCGCGCUGCUCCACCGCAACCUCCCUCUCGCCAGCUGGCUCUCCGCGACCGCCGACUGGACCACGCCCCUCCACCACCUCGAGCCGUGGUCGCCCGAAUCGCACAGCCUGUUCCCGCGGCGCGCUCGGGAGCGCGCGUUCGAGCUCGCGCGGAUCGGCUGGCUCCUGUCGCGCCUCGAGGCGUUCGAGGGGCAGGAGCUCGCAGUGGUCGACGCGUGGCGCGGUUUUGUCAUGCCGCACGCCGUGCGUCGAGCCUCCCACUAA